CCGUAUUGUUCUUCCUAGUCCCGGUCCCCAUUCGCGCCCCCCGUCCCCUCUCCGCGGCCGCCGCCGCCAUCUCUCCCUUUCGCCACUUGUGACAGGGGAAUUCCCGGGCUGUCGCGCCCGCCAAUCACAGAGCGCUAUUCGCUCCUAGAUUUGCAUAACCACGCCUUUAAAUUUGUUUCCGCCCUUCGCCGGCUGCAGCCGCGUCCGGGCUCUGUUUCCUCCCAGUUCCAUCCCAGUGCUCCCAGUAAGAGCCAGACUGGGACAGAAAGCGCUCGCAAUUCCUUCCCGCUGCUCCCAGGAUCGCUGCCGGUGCCGGGCGAGGCCGGGCCGCUUUGGAACCCCCCCAGGGCAGAGCGCGGCUGCUUUUGGGUGUCGACACCGGCUGGGCCGGGCUGGGAGCGGAGGAGGAGCGGGAGGAAGAGCAGGGACAGAGGAGGAGGAAGAGGAAACGCAGGAGCAGCUGGAAGAGGAGGAUCGGGAAAACGUGAGCCAGAGGAGGAGGAAGAGGAGGAGCAGGAGGAAGAGGAGGAGCAGCAGCAGCAGCAGCAGCACGCGGUUCUCCCGCCCGCCCUCUGAGGCCGCAGCUCCCCCGGCUCCGGCAGCAUCGCGAUCCCCGGAGCGCGCAGGUCACCGGGGAGGGGGAGCUCGACCAAAAUCCAUCGAGGGGAUCUCCGGGAGGGUUUUUUUGUUGUUGCUUUUUUGUGAGGCAGGGGAUGUUUUCAUCAUGCAGGACCACAGAGUUGAGCCAGAGAUGAGGCUAGAGGGAUCUCAAGGCGUCUAAGGUGGUCAUUCUCGUGGUACUGGCGGGCAGAGCCUGAAGAUGAGCGGGGUCCGGAACCCCCGAGGCUGAAAGGGGCACUGACUUCUGCAGCUGCACUUGGGCAGCAGCACCAUCAAACCCAACGCCCUCAGCUCUUCUUUUUCUCAAACCAGGAUUUCCCUUUCCCAAACCUUGAACCGCUGGAGGAGGAGGCCACAAGGAAGAGCAAGUAUCCCCAGGGGCCGCAGCAGGUGAGGAGGAAGUCAGUGCCCUUUUUCCCUCUCUGCUGCUCCAUCUCCAAGCCCAGCCUGGCCUCCGGCUGCAGGACAACCACGAUGCCAACGCCAUCCUGCCACGGAUGCCCUGGGGGAUCUCCUUGCCCUUCCCUGUGGCCCGGAGACAAAUCCCAUCCUCUCCUCGUCCUUCCUUUCCCAGACACGGAACUGAGCACGGAGCCCAGGGAGGACAAAUCCCCACAGCAGACCCUCAUGGAAGAGGCUGUGUUGAGCGGCUCCAGGGUGCAGGAAUCCAACAGGGAGGAAAAGCACCGGAGAUGCCGCAUGAGGACUGGCUGCAAAUGCAGAUCUCGGGGAUCCGAGGAGGAAAGAUCCACCCUGGCCCGGGAACUCAGCAAGAGAUGCGGCCAGAGCUCAGAGCUGGGGGUCCAUGAGCAGUAUCAUGAUGGGGAGAAGCCCCACAAGUGCUCAAAAUGUGAGAAGAGGCAGAGACAUAAGUUUAUCUGCUACGGGAGAAUCCACACACGGGAUUGGCCCUACAAGUGUGGGGAGUGUGGGAAGUGCUUGAGCCAGAAAUCUGACUUGACUGUCCGGAAGAGGAGCCACAAAGGGGAGAGGCCCUACAGGUGUGAUCAGUGUGGGAAGAGGUUUCAGACCAGCUACAAUCUCCUCAGACACCAGCAAAGUCACACGGAUGAGAGGCCCUUCCGCUGCCCUGACUGUGGGAUGGGCUUCAAGCAAAACUCCACCCUUGUCAGGCACCGGCGCAUCCACACUGGGGAGAGGCCCUAUGAGUGUCCCCAUUGUGAGAAAAUCUUCUCCAGGAGCUCUCACUUGACCUGACAUCAAUGGAGCCAGCACUAAAGGACGUCCUGCAAUUGCCAUGAGUGCUGGAAGAGCUUUGUGCACUGCUCCAGCUCCAUCCCCCAUGGCAGGAUACACACUGGAUGAGGCCCAGGGACCCCUGGUAGGCAGAGCCCCAGUGAUCCAUGGUGCCGGUGAUCCGUGUUGGGAAGACACUUUGCUGGGAGCUCCACAUCCUCCUAGCUCCCCAUGGGUUUCGUUUUCUUUUCAUUUCUCUUUAUCCCAUCAAAACACCCAAAAUCGGGGUAAAAAGAAAAUGUUCCUCAAAGACGUGGAUGGGGACAUGGGGAGAUCUUCCAGGGGAUGUGGGGAAUACUGGGUGCGAGGGAGUUGUGGGUUCCUGGCAGAAACUUUGGGGUUUCCAGGGCUUUGGGCUCCCCAGGCUAAGUGGCCCUGGCUGCAUUGGGAGACCCUGGGGGAGGUUCUGGGCCAGCUGAUCAAGGACCCCCUGCCUUGGAACUGUGCCCAUGUCCUCUUGUCCCUUUUCCUGGUGUCGCAUGUCCAGGAUCCCCCUGUCCCUGCUGUCGCUCCCCUUGCCCCCUGCCCAUUCCUGUGUCACCUCACUCCUGGUCCCAUCCAGCUCCCAUACCAGUCCAGAUCCCAUUCCCACUCUCAUUCCCUGUCCUGUGUUCUCUGACUGGUUGCCAUUCACAUAUUCCUACUCCCAUAUUCCCUGCCCUUUUCCCAUUCUCAUCUUUCCGGUCCUGCUGCAGGUCCUGGAUUUCCAUUGCUUUAUUCCCUGUCCUGUUCCCAUAUUCCCAGUCCCAGUCCCAUUCCUGCAUUGCCAUUUCUGACAGCGGACCCUCUUCCCAAUCCCCAGCCCAUAUUCUCUCUCCAGUUCCUGCUUUCAUAAUUUUUCCUGUCCUGUUUCCACAUUCCCAUGCCUGGUGCCAUUCCUGGUCGCUCUCCAUACACUGUCCCAUUCCUGGUCUCAGUCCUGAAUUUCCUGUCCCAUUCUGGUAUUCCAGCUCCCAUUCUUGUUCUCUGUCCCUGUUCCCUGUAUCAUUUCCAGUCCCUGUCACCUAUUUCCAGUCCCAUUCUCAGGCCCUGUCCUCAUUCCCAGGUCCUGUCUCCAUUCGUGGUUGUGUCCCAUAUUCCCUGUCCCAUUCUUAGGCCCUGUCACCAUUCCCAGUAUCCUUCCCAGUCCCUGCCUCCUAUUUCCAUGUCCAUUCCCAGUCCCUGUCCAUUCUCCGAAUCCCUGUGCACAUUCACAGUCCUUUCCUGUAUAACAUGUGGCAUUCCCAGUCUUGUCCCAGCCCUCCUCGAUCCCUCCUCACCCCCGGCUGAGUGGGGGGCUCAGCCCAGGACCCGUCGUCGUUCAGGGCUCCCCUGAAUGCAGCAAAGGGGAGCGUUCCUGCCUCGGAGAGGCCCCAGCAGAGGAUGGGAUCCUGUCCCUCUUUGAGGGUGCUUAAGGGUAUUCUGGCCCCUUUAAAGACAAGUUGUUCUCUUUUUAAGGUUUUUUUGGGGCAUCCCAUCACUACAAGUGUUUUAUUCCAAGGGUUUUAGGAUGUUUGUGUGGCUGCAGCUCCAGAGGCCCCUCCUAAGGAGGGAUCAUGAUGGCUUAAAGGGAUGUUUUUAGGGGGGCCCCCACUACAAGCCCCUGCAGGGGAUGUUUUGCUCCCCAGGGUGGGGUUUUGGGGUUCUCUCUACCAUCACCGCUUGAAGAGGCCCAUAAAAUUGGACUGCACCAGAACUCCCCUUGAAAGGAGAACACCACUCCCCUUGAUUCUGGCA